UUAUUUGUUUUGAUCUUGAUCAUGGAUGACCGGUCAUACAUGGCUUGCAACAAGUGUAUUAUAAAGGUUGAACAAGAUGGAAACUCAUUUUUUUGUCCAAAAUGCAAUUCAAAGGCAAAAGUUGUUCAUAGGAAAAAAAGUAAUCAUUUCAGAGAGAAUAUUAGAACAUAUAAUUCUACGUUUUCUUUUACAUCAAUGGGUGGAAAAGUUGAUGCAUCUGUCAACCAAUCAAAGGGACCAAGAACAUUCCGAUUGUCCGGGCAAAAUUAUCAUAGAAUUGGAAGUUUAUUGCCUACAGAGGGAUCAUCUCCAAGAUUCGCACAAUUGUAUAUUUAUGAUACAAAAAAUGAGGUGGACAAUAGAAUUCAGGCUAUCAGUCGUGGCGAAAGUAACAAUCAAAUAAAUGCUGAAAUUGUGAAUGAACUGAAGUAAAUGCUAGACGAAUACAAUGUAUUAGCAAAGUGUUUUAGAAUGGUAAGAGAUAGAUUUCAAGUAGUUGAAAAUUCAAAUCUG